UUAAUGUGAAAUGUGAACAAAGUUAUAAUUUAUAUAGGUUAUGGUAGUGUGUUGGUGUUAUGUGUAAUGUGCUGUGUGUAGUGUGUUGUGUGUUGGUGUUAAACUCCGAUUAGUACUUCACUCCCCUUCUUUACAUUCGUAUCAUCCAUCUUACAUGGCUGCAUGAAGCCAAUUUUCCCAAUAAUCCUCGAGAUUUAGGUAUAGAAAAUAUGGACACCCUGCCGAUGGAACUGGUAGAGGUUAUAGCCCUUCAUUUGACAGCAAGGGAUUUGGCAGCAUGCUGUUCAACUAACCAUGCCUGGCGUGACAUGUUUGGUCAAGACAUUAUAUGGAAACAUCACUGCAACAGAGUAGUGGCAGACUGCCUUGCUACUGCUGAGAGUCGAGUGGAGCCCAAGUUUGUGUUACCAGAAAAUAAGGAUGUAGGAAACUCCCUGAGUCCUCUGGGGAAGUGGAGACUCGCUUAUUUGAGAGAACAGGUGCUGUGGAGUCACUGGAUAAAUGGAAACAAACUAAUGGAAAUUCUUGCUAUAAAUGACCCAUACAAGCAGGAGCUAAUACCAUCAGAAGACGGACUGUGUGAGUUUGUCACAAAUAACUACUUGAUUACAUCGUGUGAGAAACAAGUGAUGUUGUGGAACAUCAGCAGCAGUCCCUGUUUACGUGAGUGAUCCCUUUCGUCUGUUGUUACCUGGAAGUGUGACUUUUUAUUCAUCAAUCGAUAACAACAAGAUUGUCAUUGUCCAGAAAACUGUUGUCCAGGUUUAUCAUUAUGGAUCUCCUAUGAAGCCAGAUUGGACUCUUGAACAAAGUUUUUUGUUUGACAGAGCGGCACCUAUUCGGUUCAGUGAAACAGAAGAAAUGGAAACUUUUCCUCUCACUUUUAGUUGCCUCGUGAUAGAGAAUUAUUUUGUAGGCAUCUUGUCUUCAGGAGAAAUACAUGUGUGGAAUCUCCAAUCCGGUACAAAGCUGAAGAAAGUUUUGUGUCCUGGUAUAAAUAAUGAUGAAAUCAUUAAAGUUGUAAAUUCAAGGAAUCCAAAAAAAGGACUUUGUAAUCACAGUUCGCAGAAAUAACAUGUAUCACUUCUAUGUGUUCAGUCUGGCCAGUUUGGAAUUCUACCCCUUCAACACUAGUCAUGACCUCCAGAGAUUUCCUUCGUGUGUCAUACAAAAUGGAUUAUUGGCUACAUGUCUUA